UGGCAACUUGUCUUUAUAGGCCGAUAGUGCGACUGCGUGUUGCGCAAACGGUUGGGACAAACAAACGGACCCUUGGAGGCACAGCCCACUCCGUCGGCACGGUGAGCUCGUUCGGAUUCAUUUAGUCCCACACGGUGAUCGCCAUGUUUCGGCUUUUCUUUAUAUUUUUCACCGCUGCGGCGGCUCCCGUUUUCGGACACCCAAAGCUGGACGUCGCGCCGCCGUCCAAGCCCUGCUUGGCGCCGCUCCAGUGGGAAGGCAGGUCCGUCCAAUACGACCACAACACCGGCAGAAACACCCGGGCCGCCGUGUCCUACGACGCCCUGGACCAACGACUCAGGGUCCUGCAGCAGCACAAGAAACACACUCCGUGCCAGAAGUUCUUUGAGUAUAUCUUCCUGUACCAGAGCGGCGUGAUGUUUCAGAUCGACCAAAAGACCAAGCAGUGUGCCAAGAUUGCCCUGACCGAUGCCUGGGACCCCUUCGACAUCCCUGACAACUCCACCUUUGAGGACCAGUACUUCAUCGGGGGUCCAGGGGACAUGGUGGAAGUGCAGGAGUGGUCUGACAGGAAGCCGGCGCGGAAACAUGAGACAUGGGUGGGGGUGUACACCCUGAAGGACUGCUACCCAGUUCAGGAGACUUACACCAGGAACAGUAGCGUCACAACCUCCACCCGCUUCUUUGACCUUCACCUUGGUAUCACCGACCCUGAUGUCUUCAGCCCACCCAGCUCUUGUCAAGCAGCCCAACCUGAGAGGAUGGCAGAGUCUGAAUGCUGAGACUUUGUAAACUUUGACCCUGGACCCCAUCUCGAUUGCUAAAAGGGAUACUGUAGUGAUUUUGAAUUUUUGUGUUUUGUUUCUUGGAACAAAAGACGAAAGUAUAUUUUUACAGGCAUUUGUCAGAUUAUAUGGGGGAAGGUUUCUACGUGUUCUACAUUCUUAGCAUUGCUAGCAUUUUUUGAUGAAAAUCAUGCGUGUUCCUUGCUGCAAGCUAACGAGCUAGCUUAUGGCAAGUAAUACCAGUUGGUUUCAAUUAGGAAUGCUACCUACCCAACUAGUUGAAGCAUGUUUCAGUCAUCCAAACAGCGAUUGUAGAAAUAUUUUCAGUCUACAUAGCAUGAUGAUGGAAAUUACACGAUUAGAAUUAAAAAAGUCAGGCUAUGAAUUAAAGACUGAAGCACAGAGUGUGGCUACAUUUUUUGUCUGUAUUUUUUUCCUUCAAGCUGCAUGACUUGUUACACCCAGAGGAUGCCUGACUUAAAAUGCAGAAGUGAUGUAUUCAACUAAUCAGUCCUGUGCACAGCAAUUACAUGAGAGAACAUGUUUCGAAACUCUUAUUUAAACUAAGGAGCAACAGCUAGGUACAACCUGCUACAAUCUUUUCAUUUCUAACAGACAAUGAUGACUUUCUUUUCUGGGAAACUGAAAGACCAACAUAGAACCUUUUCCCCACCACGUGACAAAUGUUCAGUGCAGAAAAACCAUAAUGAAAUUAGGUUCAAGUUUAUUAAAGGAGUGCUUUCAGGUUUGGUUUUUCAAAAUAUCACAGUAACCCUUCAAAUAAUUACAACGUGAUCUGCAAUCAAGUAAGCAUCUUCAGAAAGUUUGGUUGCCCUCCUGCUUCAAAUAAGCAUAGUUUGGUAUUUAUCCCUGUUGUGUAGCUUCCCAGAAGCUCUCAGAGCCCCAGUGUCCCACUCACGGAUGCUUCAGCAGGAUGUUAGGCAAUUGCCAACUCAGGAACUCAAGGUUUCAAUACAAACCAGGCCAUUAUAUUGCAUUAUGCAAAGGAAAACCCCAGCAUCAGUGAUGAUAACCAAAGUGUAGCUUGCCAUUACUCCAGGGUUUUGUUGUUUGUUUUUGUUUUUUUUAUGACCCAGCCAAUUGUGUGUUUUAUGUCAUGGCUGAUUUUUCUUAUUUCUGUUGGGGAAAACCCAAGGUGAUAUUCACUAGGACAGAUCUGAUCACAUUAGCUAAGGUGGAUGUUUGCAUGAUGAAGUGAAAGUAAACCCAUGCACAUAUUCAAAAUAAGAAAUGUAUUUAAAGACAGAAUUCGUCUGUUGGUACACACACAAACAUCAGCUGGGCGUGGCUCAUUAUGUUGUGUAGGCACUGCUUGUGACUUGCCUUUUAAAAAUCAAUAAGCACCUUAGUCCAUUUGACCAUUAAGCAAUUAAUUAAUUUUAAUUUGAGCUAAAGACGAACCUUUGACCCUGCUUCCCGUGUCUGUUGGGAUAGGUUAAAUGCAGAGGAGGAAUUUUCCCACGGGGAAUAAUAAAGUACAUCUUAAAUAAUUGUUUUGAUUUUGAAUUUGGUUUGUGCAACUGAAAUUGGUGUUUUAUGCUGUCAUUAGUUUGCAUUGUGUGUGAAACUGCUGUUCUCAUAGUGGUACCUUUGUAUGGACUUUCCCAACACAGACCAGUAAAGUCCAUAUCAAAAUAAUAAA